CAGGGCAGGCGAGGGGCGGUGCCAGCGGCCCUGCGCUGCCGGGGGGUUUUGGCAGUACCACCGAAGCUCUCUUCCGCGGGGUGGUUUGCACAGCAGCUCCGCGGAGGCGUCAUGAAGUCCCCGGUCCCCGACACGACCCCGAGCGACUGUGAGGAGGGCUCGGACUGCACGCCGCUCCUGCAGCACGCCCCGCGGGCGGAAACCGCUCCAGUGUGCUGCUCUGCUCGUUACAACCUAGCGUUUUUGGCCUUUUUUGGGUUCUUCGUUCUCUAUUCCUUACGGGUGAAUCUGAGCGUUGCGUUAGUGGACAUGGUAGAUUCAAACACAACUGCAGCAGAGAAUAGAACGUCCAGCGAGUGUGCAGAGCACUCUGCGCCCAUAAAAGUUCUCCAUAACCAAACGGGUAAAAAGUACCAAUGGAAUGCAGAAACCCAAGGAUGGAUCCUUGGGUCUUUUUUUUAUGGCUAUAUCAUCACACAGAUUCCUGGAGGAUAUAUUGCCAGCAGGAGUGGGGGGAAACUGCUGCUGGGGUUUGGGAUCCUUGGCACCUCUGUCUUCACCCUGUUAACUCCCCUGGCUGCAGAUUUCGGAGUUGGAGCCCUCAUUGCACUCAGGGCACUAGAAGGACUAGGAGAGGGUGUCACAUUUCCAGCCAUGCAUGCCAUGUGGUCUUCUUGGGCUCCCCCUCUUGAAAGAAGCAAGCUUCUUAGUAUUUCAUAUGCAGGGGCACAGCUUGGGACAGUAGUUUCUCUUCCUCUUUCUGGAAUAAUUUGCUUCUAUUUGAAUUGGACUUAUGUCUUCUACCUCUUUGGUCUAGUUGGAAUCAUUUGGUUUAUUUUAUGGACCUGGUUAGUUAGUGACACACCAGAUACUCACAGGACAAUCUCCCCUUAUGAAAAGGAGUACAUUCUUUCAUCGUUAAGAAAUCAGCUCUCUUCACAGAAGUCAGUGCCAUGGAUACCCAUGCUAAAAUCACUGCCACUUUGGGCUAUUGUAGUUGCACAUUUUUCUUACAAUUGGACUUUUUAUACCUUAUUGACUUUAUUGCCUACUUAUAUGAAGGAGGUCCUAAGGUUCAAUAUUCAAGAGAAUGGGUUUUUAUCUGCAGUCCCUUAUUUCGGCUGCUGGGUAUGUAUGAUUCUGUCUGGUCAAGCUGCUGACAAUUUAAGAGCAAAAUGGAAUUUUUCAACUCUGUGUGUCCGAAGAGUUUUUAGCCUUAUAGGAAUGUUUGGACCUGCGGUAUUCCUGGUAGCUGCUGGCUUUAUAGGCUGUGACUAUUCCCUGGCUGUUGCAUUCCUAACCAUCUCAACAACCCUAGGAGGCUUUUGCUCUUCUGGAUUUAGCAUCAGCCAUCUGGACAUUGCUCCUUCGUAUGCUGGUAUCCUUCUGGGCAUCACAAAUACAUUUGCCACUAUUCCUGGAAUGAUUGGGCCUGUCAUUGCCAGAAGUCUGACCCCUGAGAACACGAUCAGAGAAUGGCAAACUGUCUUCUGCAUUGCUGCUGCUCUUAAUGUAUUUGGUGCCAUUUUCUUCACACUGUUUGGCAAAGGUGAAGUGCAAGGCUGGGCUGUCAGUGAUCACCAUGGACACAAAAACUGAAGGAAACAAUAAAUAAUCCUGUCUCUAUUAAUGUAUUUUUAUCAUGUAACCUAAAAGUGCCUUGGAUAUUUUAUUGUGUAAGCAAUCUCUAUACAGGAAAAUUAUACUGUAUUAAAUUUGGAAGGUUUGUAAUCAUGAAAUGUCACCAAUUGCCAGAUUAGUAAAAUUAUCUGUUUUUAAUUAUUAAUAACACAUUUGCUGGAACUUACAUUUUAGAGUCAUAUAUCUGCUGCAAGUCAGGCAUCCUGAAGUAGGGGAGUUCUAUUUAUUUUGAAGAACUAUAUUUAAAAGGAUGAGCUGAAAGGGACCCUUCUCUUUGCUUAAUUAAACUGGAUAAUAAUUUUCAGGUCUUGGUAAACACCUAUUUUUGUACACUUUCCUCAAAAAGUUAUUUGUCAUUAGCAGUCCCUGACACUUCACCCUCAAUCUCCAGUAUCUCCGUGGAGCUGCCAGCGACUGUACUAUUUGGCCUGGCAGCUACACUGAGGAAAGCAGGCCCAGGCAGCUGCCAAGCAUCCCCUUCCUGGCUUCAGGGACCGUGCCCAGCACGUAUUGGAGGCAGCAUCCAAGACCAAGGUCAGCGGCCAGGCUUUGGCUGGUGCCCUUCUCCCGGUGGCUAUGGAUGAAGCCCUGAGCCAGCAGGAGUGGUACAGCCACAGCCACCGUCUCCAUGUGCUCAACACACCCGAGUAUUGCCAGGUAGAUAACAUGCAAAAGAAAUUGUGAUGCCCAGUUAGCCACAGAUAAUGCCAUCCUUGAUUAAAACUACCCUCACCUGGAUAAGAGUAUUAAUUUUCAAAUCCUAUGUUCUAUAAGCCACACAAUAUGUAAAAUUUUUUUUAAAAUUCCCAUUUUCUUCUGCCUGUCUUACAUGUAAGUGUCUGGUUGCAGCUCAAGGUUAAAGUGGCUUUUACUUCCAUCACCUGUGACUGCUGGUUUCUGAAAUUUCUAGUUUUUUUCCUGGACCAUCUUCCAGUGGUUUUUGAGCAGGCUCCAAGGACAUCUAUAUGAUUUAAAACUUGAUUUCUGUUUUGUUGUGUUUGUUCAACACUGCUUGUAACAUUUUAACUAAAGCUGUUUAAUGUAAUAUGAUGUGUAUACAUUUUUGUAAAUUUAUUUUUAAAUCUGUAAAUAAGUUACU